CAGGUUAAGCGUCAUGCAUAAUUCCAGGUACGUACAUGGCUGGUUUUGGCAGGUGAGAUGGAAGGGCAGCAGUAAGCCUUUGUUCACUCGAGGAUUAGCAUAACUGAGGUGGUGGUGGUGGUGGCGGGCAACCUCCUGAGAAUUUAUUAUCAAUAGGCGUGUCGUUGUCCCCGAAGAUGGUUUACAGGGGGGGCAGUGGUAUAAACAUGGCGUUCCAGUGGGCGUCCCCUCUGAUCAACAAAUCCAGCAUUAAUCGAAUGUAAACCAGCCUCAUUGUAAUACUGAUGACGAGGUGUGCUCAGCAUCCAUCACGCGUGGCCGCGUCCAGAAAUGGCGAUGUGAAGCGCCUCGCGAGCCCCAUCAUGCUGACUUUCCACUUGGCGUGGCUCGAGACUCUUGAUGCGGGUCGUUACGGGGCCGAUGCUCAGUUGGAAUAUGUAAACCCGGUGAUGGUCGCCGGCCAGGUGUGUCUUGCUGUCCUCCACUCGGGUCAGACGGGGGCGGGGCGGGGCGGCCCCGAGCCACUACCCCCGCCACCUGCAGAAGGGUGGGCGGUCCUCCCAACACGCCCCCUCCCCGCUACCCCGGCCACCGCCCGCGACUCUCUAAAUCACAGCCUCCAUUUUAAAGCGUGUUUCGUUUUAAAGUUAACCCGUUCAGUGGGUGCCUCUGGAAGGGGGUGCCAAUGGCUCCACCCACUCGCCGCGCCAGCCAAUCCUCAGUGAGAUUUAAACCGGUAAAAAACGCGGGUGGGCUCGACCUGCAGGAAAGAGACGCUUUGAUUGGUUGUUCGCCCGGCGCCAUCGCGCACGCGCCAGUCUUCGAUGACUGAAGAACGCGCGCGGCGGCCACUUGCGUGAAAUUGAAUUUUGUAGCGUGAGUGGAUGCGAGUGAGGAGUCAGUUGUUGUGUGCAGUGAGUGGCGGCGGAGGUGCGUGGCUCCACCGGAUCAAGUCAGCUCCCGUGGCCACACACACUGAGGCCAUCCAUCGAUCCAGCCACUCGUGCGAGGUCCACUAGCCGCCGCCGCUAGAAUGGUGCCACUCAUCGCCGCGACCAACUUUCCCAGCAGUCAGUAGCAGUAGAGACUUUAUCGCUGUGGGCCAUACGCCCUCUCCUGCCCGCCCGCGGCCACACAUGUUCCUCGAAACGCGGGCGCGGUGAGAUGGCCUCGGCGGCUCUCAACUCCGGGCUGCUGGAGGCGCUGGUGUCCCGCGGAGGGGCGGUCAGUCAGGCCGGGGAGGGUCAGUCACCUUCCCCUCACGACCCUUCAGCCGCCCACCACGCUUACCUCCACGCCCACUUCCAGGGUCUCACCUCGCAUUACGGGGGCGGCGGAGACCUCCACGAUAUGUCCACCUCCGGGGGUGACGUGACCACGGAGGAAGAAGACGUGAGCCUCAGCGAGCAUUUCAACAACUACUACAGGAGCAUCGGGGACGACCUGCUAUCAGCUUCAGCCAAAAAGCGGCGCAAGCAAAGCAAACCAGUGCGUCUGCCAACGCCGCAAGGACAGCCGGCAGACCCGUUCCAGGUGAAGGCUGAGGAGUCGCAGUUUGACUCUGAAGUGUCCAACCCUUCAGCAGACGGUGACGAAGCGUACACGUGCCCACACUGCCACAUGAACGCCGCGUCCGACGACGCCUUGCGGCGGCACAUUAUUGAGGAACAUAUCGGGCGUCUUCUCAGUGACGACGAGAUCCGCCAACAGCAACAACAUCAACAACAGCAACAGCAAGAACAGGAACAAGAGCAGCAGCAGCAGCAACAGCAACAGCAGCAGCAGCAGCAGCAGCAGCAGCAGCAACAACAACAACAACAACAACAGCAACAAAGGCAACAAGAACAACAGCAGCAGCUGCAUCACCAUCAACAACAGCAGGAGCAACAACGACAAGAGCAGCAGCAGCAGCAACAGCAGCAACAGCGGGAGAGGCCGAAGGGCGACGACAGCAAUGGGCCGCUCAAUCUGUCUAGUCCCCGCUGGGAAGAGCGUCCUGCCUCACGACCCCGGGAGGAGGACGCCCGCAGCCCUCCGGCAUCCAUACCAAUGCCGCCCUCGUUUGGUGACAUGAAGUUCAGCCUGCCAGGGCUCCUUCCUCUCGGCCCUCCUCCCUUCCUGCUGCCCUUCCUUCAGCAGGCAGAACAUGAGCGCCUCUCCGCCGGCCUGCACGUCGGCUCCCCGUCCUCGUCUUCUGCUCACGGACAGCACAGUCGGAUCUUUAACCAGGAAGCUUACUGCGAUCUGUGCAACAAGGAGUUCUGCAACAAGUAUUUCCUCAAGACUCAUAAGGCAAACAAACACGGCAUAUAUUCACCCGAGAUCAGCAGUUCCCCCACAGGCCUUCCUGCUGGCCACACCACACCCUUGGGUCCCAGUGUGCCCCUAGCCUCGCCGCUGGGUCCAGGAGGGUUCGUGGGGUCACCCUAUGCCGGGGCCUUCAUCGCGGCUAAUAUGACCAACCUUCCGCUCCGGCCUCCGUUGCUGUCGCAAGUCGCCCCUCCCAAGAGCAUGCCCCUCGUCAAGUCAGAGUUUGAUAACGGAGGCAGCAGCAACAGUGUUGCGGGUGUUGCGGGCGGCGGCGGGGGCGGAGGCAGUGGUGUCAGAAGCAGCAGUAGUGGCAGUGGAAGUGGUGGAGGGGGGGGAGGCGGGGGUGGUGGUGGCGGUAGUAGCAGCAGCAGCAGCAGCGGCGGCGGCAGUAAACCCGGAGGUGUCAUCAACCUGGAGGCGUAUUGUGAACUGUGUCAAAAGGAAUUUUGUAACAAAUACUUUUUAAAGCGCCACAAAUCAAAGAUCCACGGAGUAAUCAUCGACGUGGUCACCAAACCCAAAAACCCAACCCACAUGGUAGCCCCGGACAGACCCGAGGGCUGGUGCGAUGCCUGCCGAAGGGACGUUGGGGGCCGCGCCGCCCUCAACGCCCACAAGCUGCAGGUGCACGGGCCUCACAUCGUGGCACCGCUUCCUUCACCUCAUAAUAGUUCUCCACAAACCACGAGGAAUCCCAGAACGCCCACGCCCAAAGACGCCCGCAAGGAUGGACAGGAACACAGGGAACUGCGAGACUACUUCAGCCCCUGGGAAGUCUUCAGGGACUCUCGGGAGGCUGGCAGGGAACUGUGGGAGUCUGCGAAGGAUGCAAACGAAUCAGCGAGGGAUCAAACUAGAAGCACCUCUGCCAGGAGCCCCUGGGAUCGACCCUUGGGCUCACCUUGGGACACCGUGAAAGUUCCAGAAGUCCUCAAGGAAUCGUCUAAGGAAGCCAUUCUCAGGGGCGACCACUGGAGUGAACCCAGCAACAGUGAGCACCAGAGUCUCCGCGACGACCGAGCGGCGCUAGUACAUUUCAAUCGCUUAACAAACUCCCACGAUUUCCCCCUUGACGCACGUGAGUCGCAGUCCAUAAGGGAACAGCAGCGGGAGUGGGAGGCGCAGCAGCAGCGGGAUCUGGAGCACCAGCAGCGUGACCGUGAACGCGUGCGGCAGCAACAAAAGCAGGAGCAGCAACAGCGGCAGGACAUGCAUUACCGCGAACAAGACAGAGAAUUCGAACGAGAACUCCAGGAGAGAGAACUCGACGGCUGGGGCCAAGAGCGAGAACAAAACCUUUACAGAGAUAAUCAGAUGGAAAUGGAGCAGUACGAACAGCAGGAGAAGGAACGGGAAGCAGAACAGCAGAGACGUGCCAUUAAGAGAGAAGCAGAGACUGAAAACUCUUGUGAGACAUCUUUUCAUGAAGGUGAAGAGGCGAUGCAGUGCCAUCAGAACGAGCAGCCUGAUGAGCAGCGAGGAGAGGCGGAGAGAAUGGAAGAACGGCAGCUGCAGAAAAACUCCGCGCCUCAGCUUGCAGAGGAGCACAAGAUGGGCGGCCCUGACGACACUGAAGGCCUUAAGGAACGUCCAAAAUCUCGAGAGGCAACUCGAGGAAGUAACGAUGAGAAAGAUUACGGUGAAAAGGAACCAGAGAGAAAAGAUCCAACUUCUGGGAUCCGCGAGGCGAGAGACGGCACUCGGGAGGCGGAGCAGGAGAGAGAAGCCAAGUCGGCAGGUCGCGACGGCUGCCUGGAGAGUCGAGAGACAUUCCGCGAAGGCCACAGAACCCCUGGCAGCAGCAGUGCAGAUGAAAGUUCGAGGGAUACAGGCAUCAUUGCUCGCGUGGGCCAGCCCGCCAUGGUACAGGCGCCUCCGGGAACAAAGUUCACUCCUGAGCAGUUGCGGCAACUUGGUGUUAUCAACCCUGACGCCUUUUGCGAGCUGUGCUGCAAAGAGUUUUGUAAUAAGUAUUUCCUCCGCACACACCGCAUUAAAAAACACGGAAUUUACACACCAGAAUUUUCAGAAAGAUCAAAAGCCUCUCACUCGAAGGAAAAUUCCUCGCUGAAUCUAACGAGACUCCUUGACCGACAAACUCUUGACGUCCGCCCUCCCAUGCCGGACGUCGAGGGUGACCUGGAGUGUGAGAUCUGCCGUCGAACCUUCCCCAGCCCUUACCUCCUUCAGAUGCACAAGUAUUACUUCCACGGGCCGGGACAAGAAGCUAUCUCACCCCAGGAGCCGCCGCUCACCCUCCACCCCCACCCCCUGCCUCACGAACAGCUGCGCCAGUUGGCCCUCCACGCCCAGCAACAGGCCCGGAGCCAGCAGACCCACCAGAAGAGAAUACAUGAACAGCAGAGACGCCUUCAGGAGCAGCAGAGGCGCCUCCAGGAACACCAGCAAAGGUUACAAAAGCAUCACCAACAACAGCAAGAGGAGCAGCGCGAGGCAGCCAGCCAUGAGGAGAGGUCUCAGGCGGAUGAGGGCGGGGCGUCCAGGGCCGAGGACCCGCCGCGUCCUUCAGUCAUCGAGUCUGCAGGAUCCGGGGAGUCGGACGCAAGCGAAGACCUCCGAAAGCUCCAGUCGAUGAUACUACAAUUAAACCGGCAAGAUGAAGUGAGCGUGCGGUGUCGCGUGUGCAGCAAGGAGCUGGGAAACAAAUACUUCCUGCGCGCACACAUGAUGACAGAGCACGGCGUUCUUGGCCACGACGAGGUCUCGGGCCCACCCAGCGAGGGAGCACAAACACCCAAGACCCCCAAGGAGGCCACGCUGAAGAUAUCGCCGCCAUCCACACCUCUGUCUGCAGAAAAUCAAGCGUUUUGUAGCAUUUGCAAAAAAGACUUCUUCUCCCGCUACAUUCUACAGCAGCACCUGCUGAGCGCUCACGGCGUGUUUACCCCGCCAGCGCCGCCCACUUCCUUCAUGGAGCGCAUCAAGGCGGAGGUGGAAGGGCGGGAAGAACGGAAGCCGCAGUCUACUUCAAGGUCCUACUGUGAGAUCUGCAACAAGGAGCUUUGCAAUAAAUAUUUCAUGAAGACGCACAUGCUGAAGAUGCACGGCAUUAACGUGGAGAACGGGGUGACAGGAGGCGUGACGUGUGACUUGUGCAACAAAGAACUUUGUAGCAAGUAUUUCCUCCGCGUGCACAAGCAGAACACACACGGCAUGGUGGAGGAAGGGCGUGAAGGAGACGAAGGUAUCAACAAGUUUGAGAUCGAGCUUUGUCCAUUGUGUCCACGUCGCUUCAAAAACCGUAAAUGGCUCAAGACCCACCUCACCAGCGACCACGACGAGGCGGGAAAGGAGAAGUGGCGGGAGAUGGAGGCAUCGUGGAAGGAAGCUCCCCCGCAGCCUCAAGGCCCAACCUGUGUGCUGUGUGGCCACGUGGUGUCCGACAUGGUGGCCCUCCAGCUGCACAUCAUCAAGGUUCACAGCCCGCAGGACGUCGCCACGGACCGAGACUCACGAACGUCCCCAGAUGAAAGCAAGGAAGAGGCGUUAAAAUGUUCGUUUUGUCCUUUCACGGCACCUAACCCGGCACUGCUGUUCGCGCACUCCCGAAACCACGUCCCUGGAGUGUCUGGCUUCCCCAGCGUCCUGAGCCAGACCCUGCCGUGCUCCCUCUGCCCUCAGGUCUUCACUGGACUGGAGACUUACCAGAACCACCUGCUGCAGCAUCAUCUCCAGGGACUGUUUAAGCCUAUGCUAGAGAAAGAGAAUAACCAGGAAGAACUCAAAGCCCCUCCCUCACCAGAGGCUCCCACAGAAAGCACGGCGGGGGCCACAUCCAAGACCCUGCGCCGCCGAAAGCGGUGGCGGUGUUCCCAGUGCGGGCGACGGUUCAAGUCCCGAACGCUGUGUCUGGCGCACGUACACGCUACGCACAACCCUCGCGCCCGAGGCACGUGGCUUGGCCGGCCUGCGGUCCACCGUCGGCUGUACAAGUGUCGCAAGUGUGGCGCCAUGGCCUCGCGCCUGACUGAUCUAAGGCAACAUAUUCGUGAGCAGCAUCAGUCCGGGGAAGGCGUCCCUACCUCGCACGCCACACCCACCAAGCCCACGAGUGCCGGCCGCUUCGUGAUGCAGCCCUUCCUGCUGAAUGAUGGCAGAGGCGGCGAGGACGGACAGGGACAGGAGGGGCAGUGCGACGAGCGGCAGUUCGUGCCGUCACUGGUGUAUCUCCCCGUGGCGCGCCGUGUCCACCACCCCACUCACCGUCUCCUUCAGUCUCACGCCCGCGUGAACACCGCGCCGCCAGGCGCUCCACAUCUCAGGGUCUCACACUUCUACAAGUACAAUCACUGGAAGGUUGGAUCCUGGCGGCGGUACAGGCCAGGGUCCAGCACGAAGGGUCUCCGGGGCCCGCUGGCUCUCAGCCACACAGGUGCUACGAGCCCGUGCCAGUUCCCCGCGGCACCGUGGGCAGAAUACGAAACGGGCAGUGGCGAAAAGGGCCAGCGACACGUCACUUGUUCUUAUAUCACUGUACCUCAGUACCAAUCAAAACCGGAUGCGUCGCCCGCCACUCAGGUCCUCGCUCACGUGCCUGGGAGUGAGUGGGGGGCGGUCCGGGUAAUGCGGGCGCGGGCACGGGCGGGGGUGUUGGCACGUGGCCAACAGUAUGCGAUAUCAGGUGCUUCCUCCACUGCCUGCCUCAUGGAACAGUUCACCACGCCUGCUAAACACAGCACAACGCAGAGCCCACGCCUGCCCACACACCGACACACGAUGAAGACAUUCCUGUUAUGCUCGCACGACGCGGCUGCUCGGUGACGGUGAGUGCAGGUCGGCGGGGGAUGCACCACCCGAGGGGCCUUUCCCUGCCUGCCGCCCGCGCCCUGCAGUCAGGGAUUUAAUAAGAAUUCUUUACUUAUAUUAAGUAAUAAGUAAUUACAUUAAUAAGAAUACUAUGGUGAUCUAAAUAUAAAUAUAUAUAUAUACAUAUAUAUAUUAUACCCAAUGCGUAUGCCUGUGUACAUCAGUGUUGAAACAAUGUCCCACAUACAUAUAUAUUCGAUAGUGUGAACGGUUUCCUGUGUAAUGUACAUCGUCACCGUAACUUUAAAGGACAUUUAGUGUUAAUUAAAGGAGCAACAAACUGCACGUGUGUGUGGGCGCGUCCGAGCCUCUGCAGGGGUGUGGCGGCGCCCCCGCAGCACGAGGCGUCUCCGUCAGGCACGCAGCCUCACCCCCUCCCUCCCCAUGCCCCCCGCGGCGCGGCUCAGCUCACCCUUGUCCGCGUCGCCACAUAGACAUCAGGUUGUGACUUUAUUUCGCACUGUGAAAACUGUUCCCUGCAGCACCGUCUGCAUUGCCGUGAUGUCCCUGCAGCAUCGCCGGUGCUGUUCUGUGCCCCUCGCUGUGUUGUGUCAAAGUGUUGAUAAUGCACCACGCAGACUUGAGUGAGGUGUGUGUGUGUGUGUGUGUGUGUGUGUGUGUGUGUGUGUGUGUGUGAUGCAGCCGAGGGGGCAGACGGGGUGGUGCUCCUCUUCACGGCACAGUCAGCACCGGCCACGGAAGGGCAACGCGAGGGAGUGAAGCACGCGGGGAGCCUCUUCCCUCCCCGCUGGCCGCACCUCAGUACGCUCUCCCGCCAGCCCACCAUCCCGCCCCGCAUCCCCGUGUGGCCCUCCAGGACUCUCCCAGUUUGUGUGUGAACAGACUGCCGUUUAGCACAACGUGAGGGCUCACCUGACCUUCGCUUCACCUUGCUUUAAAUGGUGUUGAGAGCAGUGUUACCUGAGAGGAGAAGUAACAGGACUAAGAUGACCAGGAGGAGGAGGAGGAGGAGAAGAAAACGUGUUUGUGCCAUAGAGUAUUUGUUCGUCACAUUCUCUGUCUAGUCAAAUCUGGUAACUCAAUAUUUAUCCCAUAAGUGUUUUUAACUGAAUUUAUUAGUGGAUACAAAUGAAUUAAUGGAGAGGUCUGUAAGUAAGAAAGUCUAUUGAGGAGAAAGAUAUAUUAUUAUUAUUAUUAUUAUCAUUAUUAUUAUUAUUAUUAUUAUUAUUAUUAUUAUUAUUAUCAUUACUGUCAUCAUCAUUUUACUUACUGCUUAGCUAGAAGAAGAAGAAGAAGAUAAAGAAGAAGAAGAAGAAGAAGAAGAAGAAAAAGAAGAGCAGGAAAUCGCUACACGGAGGCUGUUCCGAUAGAGAUUCAUUCCCAUGAUAAUAAUUUUCAUGUCUAGUCAGCAAGUCUCAUGUUACGU